AUGAAAAUUCGCGGUGGCAUUUCAGUAAUUAUGAUGAACUGUAUGGACAAUUAUUCGUGGGCAAAGGGCACAUGCGAGAUUUCACUUAUAGGUAGGAGAUUAGAGUUGUUGGUCAAGAAAUUUGAUACAAACUUCGUUCACUGCGUUCGAAGGAAACCUGACAAUGAGGAUAGUGUAUCCGAUAAACCUCUUAUUGCUUGGAAAUCUCCCCGACGUCGUACGAGCUUGCCUCUAGUUCAACAGAAUGAUGUGUCCGAUAAAGGUGACCAUGCUUUGGAAGUUGUGCCGCGCAAGAGGGAUGUUGCUGCAGCUGAACAAGACACUGGCCAUGCAAAACGUUCAAAAGUCGCUGUAUGUAAAACGAGUAAGUCUGAUAGUGAUUUCGUGGAUGAGAGCCCUCGACCGCACGGCGUUGGGUUGCCAAAUGAACCGACAACCUGUGAAGAAGACGUACAGCAGCCUGAGAUGUUGUGCCGGCAGGUAUACAUGCAACAAAUUGAUGAUUCUUCAGCCCGUGUCGAUGACGUUCAUGGUUCCCCGAGGCCAAAGAGGCAUAUCAGGGUGACUAGCGCUUUUAAAUCUCCUUACAAACAGAGGGAGAUCGACGUGGACAAGAAAUUAAAUGUGCAAGAGAGGAUGAUUUCUAACUGGAUUAUGAAAAACGACAUGAUUGAUGGGUAUGAACAUUAUUCAACCUUAUAUCAUUUCUUCAAGCCAAAGCCAAAAGGGAAGAGAGGAUCGAGCUACAACUACAAGAUGUUUGCAGAAACCUUAGAAUCAGAAAUCAAACGCAGGUCCCCUCACAAUUUGAAGAAUAUAGCCGUGCGCCGAGAAAUCGGGUCUAAUAGCGAUGUAUAA